AGUCUCAAAUUAACGCAUUGGUACUUAAGUCAGCGCACGUAAUCGGUCGAUACCAAAACACGCCGAGAAAAAGCGCGCUGUAGCGUUUUCAAGCUGCGCUUCAUGAAGAAACCUGUCUCGUAAUUCUGACAAAAUUGCACUUGUUUAUAUUAGUAGCAAGAUCUUUAUGUAAACCACAACUCGCUCAGGGUCUCUGAGUUGGACAUUUGGCCUCUCGACGUCAAAAGAAAUUCCUCUAAAAACAGGCUUUGAUAUUUCUGAAGUUCACUCGUUGCUGUGGCGCUCGAAAUGCUGGAGACAACACAUUCGUGGCUCUUAGAGUCUGGAGCUACAAUCGCCAUCAUUUUGUUUUCCCUGUAUGUGUACUUCAAAAUAUCUUAUUCUUACUGGGAGAAACGCGGUGUUCCGACCGUGAAACCAACUGUUCCAUUCGGGAAUUUCCCCGGUUCCAUCAUCUCAGGAAUAAACCCCGCGUUCGAAAUCGUAGAUCUGUACAAAGCAUUUAAAGGUCACAAAGUCGGAGGGCUGUAUAAAUUGUCUGGUCCGUCCCUUCUACUGCUGGACCCUGACGUUAUCAAGGAUGUUCUGGUCAAAAAUUUCGAAUAUUUCUACAGUCGAGGACGAGUGUUUGAUGAUGAAUACGAACCAUUGGAUGGUCAUUUAUUUUCGCUGUCUGGAACCAAGUGGAGAAACCUGAGGGUGAAACUCACCCCAAUAUUCACAACAAAGAAAAUGAAGAUGAUGUUCGGAGCGGUGGUGGAAUGUGGCAAAGACCUGCAGGCGGCUCUUCUGAAAAGCGUCGACAACGGGGACCCGAUAGAGAUACACGACUUCCUAGCGAGGUAUAGUACUGACGUGAUAUCUUCUUGCGCUUUCGGAAUUCAGUGCAACUGUCUGAAGAAUCCAGAAGCAGAAUUUCGUCAGUGGGGAAGAAGGGUAUUUGCACCCCAUUUCAGGCAGAGGAUGACCUCUCUUAUGCAAGUGGUGUUUCCUUCCUUGGUUUACACUUUCAAACUGUCUUUAGUUCCUAGAGAAGUAAGCAACUACUUCCAGAGAAUGGUCAGAGAAACUGUCGAGUACCGCGAAAAGCAUAACGUGGAAAGGAAUGAUUUUAUGCAGCUGAUGAUACAACUCAAAAACAAAACAUUGUCUAUAGCCGAAGAGGAGGACCUAAACUACCUGGAGAAACAAACAGAUAAACUGAAGAGCAAUGUGCCGUUUGAAAUCUCAAUGAAAGUAAUAGCGGCCCAAGCAUUUGUGUUCUUUAUCGCCGGCUUCGAGACCUCAUCAAACACAAUGGCAUUCUGUCUGUAUGAACUGGCACGGCACCCAGAUAUGCAGGAGCGAGUCCGCACUGAGAUUGAUGCAGUGCUGCAGAAACACGGAGGAGAAAUCACCUAUGAAGCCAUAACGGAGAUGGAAUAUCUAGAUAAGGUCUUCUGUGAGACCUUACGGAUGUACCCACCAGUUCCUGCGGUUACGAGGGAGUGCACGAAGACAAUCAAGCUGCCCGGAACUGACGUCACUGUGGAAAAAGGAGUACACGUGCUGCUGCCUAUCCUGGCGCUCCAUCGCGACCCCAAGUACUACCCUGACCCCGAGAGGUUCGACCCGGAACGCUUCAGCGAAGAGGAGAGGAAGAAGAGGCCCCAGUUCAGCUACAUUCCGUUUGGAGAGGGGCCGAGACUCUGUAUAGGGAUGAGAUUCGCUAUGAUGCAGGUCAAAGUGGGCCUCAUCAACGUGCUGUCCAAAUUUGAGGUGCAGGCGAGCGACAAGACUCCACCAAUUGCCGAAAUUGAUACGCGCGCCGUUAUAAUGACUCCCAAGGGAGGAAUGUGGCUCAAUCUUGUGAAGAGGCAGUACACGUAUCUUCUCCAAUUGAGUGUCCUCUUUGCCAUUGCCCUGACUGCCAUCUAUGUGUACUUCAAAGCAGCGUUCUCAUACUGGCAGAAGCGUGGUGUGCCCUCUUUGAAACCGAAGCCACCAUUCGGGGAUCUUGGUGACGCAAUAUUCAGAGGAAAGAGUGUUCGGCAAGCAGUCACUAUACUUUACAAAGAGUUUGAUGGACAGAAAUUUGGAGGAAUAUACAAUUUUGCUAGUCCAACGCUACUCCUGCGGGACCCCGAAAUUAUGAAGGUUGUUUUGGUUCAAGAUUUUGAUAAGUUUCACAGCCGCGGAAUGCUAGUAAAUGAAGAGAGGGAUCCCUUACAGGGUCACUUGGUUACUUUGUCUGGAUCAAAAUGGAAAAAUCUAAGGGUCAAACUGACUCCAACGUUCACAUCCGGGAAGAUGAAGAUGAUGUUUGGAACUCUGGUAGACUGUGGAAGGGAACUCCAACUUUGUCUUGAGCCACUUGCCCAUAAGGGAGAAACAGUUGAGGUAAAGGAUGUCCUCGCAAGAUACAGCACAGAUAUCAUAGCUUCCUGCGCGUUUGGCAUUCAGUGCAACUGUCUGAAGAACCCCGAUGCUGACUUCCGUAAAUGGGGGAGAAAAAUUUUGGAACCUACUUUGAUGAGAAGACUCGCCCGAAUUGUACAAUUUGCUUUUCCGUCAUUGGCGCUUCGGUUGAGGCUCGAAACACCUCCAGACGAUAUCAGCAACUAUUUCAUCAACAUGGUGAAGAACACAGUGGAAUACCGCGAAACGAACGGAGUCAAGAGGAAUGAUUUCAUGGAUCUCAUGAUACAACUGAAAAAUAAAACACUGGAGGUGCCUGAAGGAGAAGACAGCGCUCUCGGAAACCUGGAUAUAGACGACAUGAAAACUAACGCUCCAUUUGAAAUAACAAUGAACGUAAUAGCAGCCCAGGCGUUUGUGUUCUUUCUCGCUGGCUUCGAGACGUCGUCAACCACAAUGACGUUCUGCCUUUAUGAACUGGCACUGAAUCCAGAUAUCCAGGAGCGUCUCCGGGCUGAGAUAGAUACAGUGCUGCAGAAACAUGAAGGGAAUAUUACUUACGAAUCCGUUUUCGAGAUGAAAUAUUUGGAGAAAGUUGUGGACGAAACCCUGCGUAAAUACCCACCUGCCAUUGUACUCACCAGACAGUGCGCAAAGACUACCAAACUUCGCGGAACUGACGUAACGGUGGAGAAGGGAACUAAAGUUCUGAUUCCUGUUCUGGCGCUCCAUCACGACCCCAAGUACUACCCUGACCCGGAGAGGUUCGACCCAGAACGCUUCAGCGAGGAGGAAAAGAAGAAGAGGCCCAAGUUCAGUUACCUCCCGUUUGGGGAGGGGCCCAGGAUAUGCAUAGGAAUGAGGUUUGGGCUGAUGCAGACCAAAGUGGGCCUCAUCAGUAUCUUAUCAAAGUACGAGGUGCAGUGUUCAGAGAAGACGUCGGUGCCCCUCGAGUUCGAUUCGAGAGCCCUGGUACUGGCGCCCACAGGCGGAAUGUGGCUCAAAUUUGUGAAGAGAUGUGCCAAGUGAAAACGAGUAGGGGAA